UGAACACAGCUCAACACAAUCAGCAAUAAAAUAAUCCUCCUUUGUCUCUGCCUUUCUUCUCUCUAAUAACCAGCUAGCACCUCUCUAUCGCUUCUAGCUGUUGAACAACAUAUUCCAAACCUCUCUCUUUCUAUCCUUUUUCUCUCCUUCUUCUUCGUUACCCUGUUUUUUGCAUCACUUUUUUUUUUCUAUAUCCACACACUUCUAUACUAAAAAGAAUAAAAAAAAAAUCAUGGGUUAUUCUCACAUGGCUUCUCUCUUCUUCUUUUCCAUGCUUUUUCUUUCCGCUUCUGCUUCAUCUAGAAAUUUACCUAUUACGGCCUUUGAUGAAGGCUACACACCUUUGUUUGGGGAUAAUAACGUCUUUGUUCAUAGAGAUGGCAAAUCGGUGCAUCUUUCUUUAGAUGAAAGAACAGGUUCUGGAUUUGUGUCUCAUGAUAUUUAUCUUCAUGGGUAUUUCAGUGCUUCAAUUAAGUUACCUGCUGAUUACACUGCCGGUGUUGUUGUUGCUUUUUAUAUGUCAAAUGGUGACAUGUAUGAGAAGAACCAUGAUGAAAUAGAUUUUGAGUUUUUGGGAAACAUUAGAGGCAAAGAUUGGAGGAUUCAGACCAAUGUUUAUGGCAAUGGAAGCACCAGCAUUGGCAGAGAGGAAAGAUAUGGUCUCUGGUUUGAUCCUGCUGAGGAUUUCCAUCAAUACAGUAUUCUCUGGACAGAUUCUCGUAUCAUAUUUUAUGUAGAUAACAUUCCAAUUAGAGAAGUUACACGAACAAAAUCGAUGGGAGGAGAUUUCCCUGCCAAGCCUAUGACUCUGUAUGCGACAAUAUGGGAUGCAUCAGAUUGGGCUACCAAUGGGGGAAAGUACAGAGUCAACUACAAGUAUGCACCAUAUGUUGCCAAAUUCUCUGACCUUGUCCUACAUGGUUGUGCAGUUGAUCCAAUCGAGCAUGUAGCCAAGUGUGACACUGCUCAAAGUUCCAAAUCCAUUCCUUCUGGCAUUACACCAGUGCAAAAAAUCAAAAUGGAGAACUUCAGGAAGAAGUACAUGACAUACUCUUACUGUUACGACAAAAUCAGGUACAGAGCCGCCCCUCCAUCAGAGUGUGUGAUCAAUCCACAAGAAGCUGAAAGGCUAAGGAAAUUCGACCCUGUCACAUUCGGCAACGGCAGACAUCGUCAUGGAAAACGACACCACCACAGCAGAGGAAACCACGCUGAAGCUGCUUCAUUUUAAGAAGGUUCCACACGAAGAUCAAUUUCAUCCUUGAUUCGGUUCGAUUACCACCUGGGUUAAUUUUUCUUUUCCUUUUCUUCGUGGUGUAUAGAGUGAGAGAGAGAGAGAGGGGCUUAUAUAAUUCACGAAUAUGAUAAUUUUGAUAUGGUUCCUUUUGGUGGUGGGGGGUAUGUGUAUAGUUCAUACCUUAGGUUCCCAGGUAUUUUGUUAUUCAUGUCUUGUGCUUCACAAAUUAUUAAAUCAGUUGAUUCCUGUAUUUAGACCAUAUACCUCAGGGUUUUCAAUAAAUUUAUUUAGCAUGGGUUAUUUAAUGAA